AUGCAGAAUCCUCCGAACGAGGUCGGGGCUUAUGACCGGGUCGGACCUAGACUCCUGACGCCCGGCUCCGCCAAGCUUCCCUUUGUCCCUCCACCCAGCUUACAUGGCGCCCGACCUUGGGCCAGUCGUCCUCUCUCUCAAGACAGUGACCAUUGCCCAUCACAACCCCAAUCGCUCACUAUGGAUGAUGAUACCACGCAGCCAUAUGCGACAAAGCCCCGGAUUCCCUACGCCUGCGAGGCCUGCCGUGCCGCCAAGGUGAAAUGUACCUCAGGAGACACAACAGGCAUCUGCAGACGCUGUUCUGUCUCAAAGCGCGAAUGUGUGUUCAAGACAGGCCCGCGGAAGAGAAGGAGGCGGGACAAGCUUCGCCCCAUUGCUAGCAGAACAACACCACCCCCGUCAGCCCCGUCCAAGACGUUCACCAUAGAUGUUCCACUGCUGGGCGACAACGAUACCGAUCUGGAGCCCUCGGAGGGGUUUGACGCCCUUCGGGAUGCUCAUGACGCCUUCCUUGAGGACCUUGUCCCGGAUCCGGACGACCUUGACGGAGACAACGACGCCCUCACUGGCCAAGGAUCCUCGUCAGUCAGUGGCACAGCUCCCUUCUCAGCGUCGACACCAUCGGUCAGCUCACGCUCUGUCCAUGGCGUCAGCAGUAUCCAGCCCAGAUUCAACCUCGAAUCCGCCACUUCCCUCUUAGAAUCAUUUCGGAACGGCAUGUUGCCUUACUUCCCAGUGAUUAGACUCCCGAUAGAUGCCACUGUCCAAUCGUUGUCCAAAGACAAGCCAUUCGUGCUCCUUGCUAUACUCGCGGCCGCCAGUGGGGGUAGAAAUAUGCAAGGCCAUAGUCUCUAUGACGAGGAAUUCCGCAAAGUUUUAGGCUUGAAGUUUGUCAGUGGUGGCGAGAGGAGCCUUGAGUUGCUCGCUGGGCUGCAAAUCUAUUGCGCAUGGUAUCCAUUCCAUUUGAGACCAAAACAGAAGCAGGCCACCCAGUACAUUCGCAUGGCAGCCGACAUUGUUCACGACCUCGAACUCGAUCGAGCGCCCGAUAACUUCGACCGCGCCGAUUUUGUGGCCGAGGAGAAGUCCAUGGAUGGUAUACGAGCCUACAUAUCCUGCUAUUAUCUUGUCGCCAGUAUGGCGUCCAUCUGGACCAGGAAAAACUCAUUGCCGUUCGAACAGUGGACGUCAACCUGCUGUGAUAUACUAGAAAUGUCGGGUGGUGGUCAAGCCGACCAAUGCCUCGCCUGGCUCGCCCGGCUCGGCAAUAUCAUCGAACAGACUGCGUCACUCACCAGGAAACGCGGACAGGUGUCGCAUGAACCACAGCAUGUAUUGCUGAUGGUGAAAGGAAUGGAGGCCCAGCUGCAAGAGUGGAGAGGCCGUAUGUCUCCCGACGUUUCUUCUAAGCCCGUCGUCUAUAUUGCCACCCUCUUCACCGAAAUACUUCUGCAUGGCUACACACUUCUGAGAUUCCCAGAUCACAACGCGCAAAAACAAGCACAAUUAUCACAGGACACACUUAUCGAGCCAAGUCGGCUUUGGGGCUGCGCUCAAUCCUUACGCGUCUGGUACGACUAUGUUUCAUCUCUACCGGCCUCAGAGUUUGCCAGCUUCUCAGCGAUGGAUUGGGGACACUUCGUCGGUUUGAUCAUUCUCGGACUAAAAUUAUCAUUCCCCCUACCGAAUGAAUGCCCCGCCUGGGACCACACUGCAGCUCGUGAGGUAGUCGGCCUUGGGCUGUUCCUCGAGAAGUUUACUGAGGACGGCAGCGAUGAUGCCAAUUUGACACCAGCUUCGAGCAAGUCGUGCUCCGGCACGGACGUGCUGUCAGCGAGCAAGGUCGUAUUAGGUGUCGUCAAGCGGAAGUACGACAAGCGUCUUGCGGCUUUGGAGAAAGCCGCCCUUGCAUAUCCGCCUCACCCUGUGCCUCCCGAUACUGAUUCUGGUAUUCGCAAGUGCCCCAUGUUCGAUGGCAGUCUUGAUCCCUUCAUACAAACAUGGGACGAUACAUUCCUGGAUCCUUCGAGCAUUGUGUAUACCUCGCUCAUGGGCUCUGGCCUGGCUGGUGCACCGGGGCAGGGCUCCCACUCUGCACAGCCCGUGGUUUUUCACGAUCUAUGGGCUACAAUGACGAUGGGUUGGAGCCAGGAGAACUCGGAAGAUAUGGAAUUCGACGGUCACUAGAGCUAAUCUGACUCUUCCAGUCAUGCCCUUAUAUAGUUGCUGGGUUGAUAUAAGUUGUCUCACUUAUUCAGUGCAGCAAUCUUCCAAUCCUGAGUUUCUAAGUCGGUACUACCUAGGUACCUAGGUAGUA